AUGGAUAUAUCUCAAGAAGAAAGACAAUUAGCAAGUCAUAUGUUAAAUUCGGGUAAUAAAAACCCGUCAAUAAUGGGUGACCCUGAUGUUAGUUUUUUUACAAAUAAAUAUGGUUUACGGAUAAAAACAUUAAAAUGGCUUGUCAAAGCACCGAUAGGUGCAGUAGUUUUAGUGCACUCUUUAAAUUCACAUUGUCGAUUUGAUUAUUUAAAACACAAUGCCACCAUAUUAAAUAAUAAUAAAGCUGUUUUAAAUGAUGAAGACAAUUAUUAUGUCCAUAAAAAUAGCUGGAUAGAAGAAUUAAACAAAAAUGGAUAUUCGGUUUAUGGUCUUGAUUUGCAAGGUCAUGGGGAAUCAGAAUCUUUAAAUAAUAUAAAAACACACAUUAAUAAAUUUGAUGAUUUUGCUGAUGACAUUCUUCAGUACUUGAAUAUUAUACAUGAUUCUAUUGUUAAUGAAUUUGAUAAGAGUCAAGAAAAUGAUAAAGAUGGUGAUACAAAUAAAAUAAAACCAAGAAAAAGAUGCACUAAAUGUGAUAUAAUUCUAAACGAUGAAUCGGGCAUGUGUUGUGUUGAUGAUGAAGAAGCUAUAACUAAAGGAUUACGUUCACAAGAUCCAGGAAAAAAUCAAUAUAAAAGACCUGAUUAUAAUAUAGAUGCAUAUAAAACACCUAUUCCUAUAUAUUUAGUUGGAUUAUCAAUGGGAGGAAAUAUAGUUUUGAGAAUAUUAGAAUUGAUGUCACAACAAAAAUAUAAUUUUUAUAAUCGAUUAAAUAUAAAAGGUGUUUGCUCAUUAUCCGGAAUGAUAUCAAUUAAUCAGCUAAAAAAAAAACCUUCAUGGAAAUAUUUUUACAUACCUACUGUUGGGUUAGCAUCCUAUUUAUUUCCGAAAUCGAGAUUUAUGCCAAGUUUACCUUGUGAAUCAUUUCCAUUUUUAAACGAUUUAUAUUCAUAUGAUAAAAUAUUUUAUCACAAACCUAUUACUAAUAAAUUUGCUUAUGAAUUAUUGGAAGCUGCUGAUAAUUUAAAUAAGGAUAUAAUCAAGAUCACAGGUGACGUGUCCAUACUUUUUAUUCACUCUAUUAAUGAUCAAAAAUGUUGUUACAAAGAUGCUCAGGAUUUUUAUAAUAAUUUAAAAUCGAGCAAUAAAGAAUUCUACUCUUUAGAAGAUAUGGAGCAUAUGAUUACAAUAGAGCCAGGAAAUGAUAGAGUUGUCAAAAAAAUUAUAGAUUGGAUAUCAAAUAUAGAAAAAGAAUCAAAGGGGGAAAAAAAAACUAAAAAAAAAGCUAAAAAAAAACUCAGAUCUACUAUUGAGAAGCAAGCUGCCCCAAAUCAAUCUUGUACAUCGACAGACCCAAGUGCUUCAAUCGAUUACUCAAAGGACAAAGCCACACAAGGUGAAGCUAAACUAGAUCAAGACGCACAAGACCAAAUUAUACUAGACGAAGGUAUAGAAUAUGAUGGUACAUUAAACAAAGGUGUAGAAGAUGAUGGUACAUUAAACAAAGGUGUAGAAGAUGAUGGUACGUUAGACGAAGGUAUAGAAGAUGAUGGUACAUUAGACGAAGGUAUAGAAGAUGAUGGUACAUUAUACGAAGGUAUAGAAUAUAACGGCACAUUAAACAAAGGUGUAGAAGAUGAUGGUACAUUAGACGAAGGUGUAGAAGAUGAUGGUACAUUAGACGAAGGUAUAGAAUAUAACGGCACAUUAAACAAAGGUGUAGAAGAUGAUGGUACAUUAGACGAAGGUAUAGAAUAUAACGGCACAUUAAACAAAGGUGUAGAAGAUGAUGGUACAUUAGACGAAGGUAUAGAAUAUAACGGCACAUUAAACAAAGGUGUAGAAGAUGAUGGUACAUUAGACGAAGGUAUAGAAUAUAACGGCACAUUAAACAAAGGUGUAGAAGAUGAUGGUACAUUAGACGAAGGUAUAGAAUAUAACGGCACAUUAAACAAAGGUGUAGAAGAUGAUGGUACAUUAGACGAAGGUAUAGAAUAUAACGGCACAUUAAACAAAGGUGUAGAAGAUGAUGGUACAUUAGACGAAGGUAUAGAAGAUGAUGGUGCAUUAAACAAAGCUCAAUUAGGCGAAGUUGCAUAA